AUGCUCAUCCAGCGUCGGCUGCACCCAUCGCGCUUUGUCGCAAUCAGGACGGCCCGAGCGAAGAAACAAUUUUAUUUCAUCGGGAAUCCGCAGAAGCAAUCGCAAGAGCUACUCGAUCCGGUCUCUGGCGGCAUGCUCCGUGAUAAAUUGCCCUGCAAGGUGCGGGUUCCCCGCCAGUGCCCCUGUGGGUGUGGUUCAGAAUCCACUGCGGGGUGUGAGCCCUCAACUUGCAUCACACCUCCCUCACCCGAAAUAGGAGGGGUCUUGCCGGCCGAUUUACCGCUACCGCCACGCGCCCUAGCCGCCCACUAA